AUGCCUAGCUCUCAAGGCUCGCCCGAACCCGCAACGUGGCACGAGAUCUUAUUGAGGAACAAGUACAACAAUCCGAUGAAGCUCAAAGACGUCCUCGACAAGAUGUACGGGAAAGGGAAAUACAGAAUCAGGUCUAAAUCCAGCAAUUUGGUACUGCUACUGCCGGAACCGCUGAAAGAGGUGCCCAGCCUAAGCAUCUGCCAUUUCCGCGACCCGCUAACCCUCGAACAGGACCAGGCUGCGGAGUUAGAAAGGGGGAUCAUGCACCACUACCACGGAUCGCAGCCAGAGGAGUAG